AUGGCGAGUGCCCAGCUAGCAGCUGAAGAGGAGCUGCAACAAAGCGUUGUGGUUUCUGAGGAGGACCUGGAGCGCGAUGAAUCGGACUCCUCGAACGCGGCAAUGUUACCUUAUCAAAAUCAGGACGAUACAUCGGAACCCUCGAGAACUGGGUCCGGUAAGCAGUCAUACCUGCACGUCAAUGGCUUGGAAGACUCGACAAUCGAAAGACCCGGCGGUCCUACAGCGACCUUGGUCUCUAAGAAUGCUGAGUCUAUCGAAGAUGAUGCGGAAGGAGAGGAGGACGCCCCGGGCGAAGAUGACGGCGCUGCAGAUGCCGACGAAAUUGUGGACCCCUACUACGAUGAGGACGAUGCUGAAGGGGAGGAAGAUGUCGAGCAUGUUGUGCAGCUCAACAUGGAUCAAGAUGACGGCGUCGGCGAAGCAGUUGAACAGUCCACAGAGAGUGUGCAAUCUGGUGAAGAUGAGGAAGACAACGAUGACGAAGGCGUUGGCGCUGUGAAAAUCCGGCCUGGCGACACCGACGACGAAGAUGAUGAUGUCGAUAGCGAACAAUCACAUUCAACUACCGAUGGCUCGGAAGACUCGGACGGCGCAGCUGCCUGGGAGGAUGCCCCAGAAAGUCACGAAGAUGAGGAUGAAGAGUCAGGUGCUGCAGGUCGAACUUUGUGCUUGUUCUGCAAACAGGAUGAAGAACAUGACCCGGGCGAAGACUUUGAGGACUACCUAAUGUGCUCUCAUUGUGGCGAGAACUGUGCGUUUGACACCAAAGACGAGACUCUGCAUACUGACAUUUUCCAGCACAUCAAUUUUGCGCGCGAGAAACCGGUGCUUUGCGAUCGCACGAUGACAUCUGAUUCGCAUAUACACGAUGAUCAAGACGUUUUGGACAAGCAAGAAUAUCCCGAUGUGGAUGGCGAUGACGAUGAACAUGCACGACUUCUUCGAAAACGCCGAACUUCUCUCUCUGAACCCGACGACAGUGCAAUGUUGCUUCGUAAGCGUCGGCGGCGCACGCCUGAAGAACAACAUUCGUCGCGUGAAACCACGUCUCACAACGCUCAAAGCGAGGCUGGUGAGACAGACAAACCUCGAAAGUUGCGCCUCAAGGUGUCUCGGAAUCAUGCCGCCGUCACUAUCACCAGGCGGUCGAAUAGCAUGCUGAUUAGCAUCCGUGUAAACCCUGCCGGCUUACGACAUAUCAUGGUGUCCAAAGCAUCUUCAAAUCGUAAACGGACGGCAAGGAACGAGCCGGCGCGAUCAGUUCGACCGAGCCUCACAGCGCUGUCGACGCCAUUCAUGUCAUCAAGUAGCUCUCAGCCAUUCUACUCCUUCCUUGAUCGAGAGACGGACGAUAUAAGAACAAAGCCCUAUGGCGGCAUUCUUACUGACGUCGAAGCUGACACGUCUCGCACGUUACCCACGAAUGAUGACCGCAGACGCUUUGACGAAGCCAAGCAAAAGGCUGAGGAAGAAUGGAGGACUAUGCACGUCAUCCAGAUCAGCCGCGAAGGCGCUGAAAAGGCCAAGAAGGGUAAAAAAGCGGCUGGUCCGGCUAGCCAAAUCGAGUGCAUCGAGUUUGGCGGUUGGGAAAUCGACACGUGGUAUGCAGCACCCUACCCCGAGGAGUACAGCAGGAAUCGGAUUCUGUACAUCUGCGAAUUCUGCCUCAAGUACAUGAACUCUGACUACGUGGCAUGGCGCCAUAAGCUCAAGUGCCCGGCUAAACACCCUCCCGGAGACGAGAUCUACAGGCACGGGUCCAUUUCUGUGUUUGAGGUGGAUGGGCGCAAGAACCCGGUCUAUUGUCAGAACCUCUGUCUGCUCGCAAAAUUAUUCCUCGGCUCGAAGACCCUCUACUACGACGUUGAGCCCUUUCUGUUCUACGUACUUUGCGAGUACGAUGAUCUGGGCUACCACUUUGUCGGGUAUUUUUCGAAAGAAAAGCGAGCCAGCAGCCAGAACAAUGUGUCUUGCAUCUUGACACUGCCGAUCCACCAGCGCAAGGGCUACGGCAACCUUCUGAUUGACUUCUCCUACCUAUUGACACGCGUAGAGAAAAAAACCGGCUCUCCGGAGAAGCCGUUAUCUGACAUGGGUCUUGUCUCAGAGUACGUGUCGAAGUGGGAUGCUAAGCAGUACGUCAAACUCCACGAAGAGGCUCUGGUCUGGACGCCUUACGUGAUGGGGAGAGGAAACACGACAAAUUUUGAGCUGGGCCCUGCCAUCACUGCCAUGGCUCCCCGGGAAGAGGAGGAAGACCGCAAGAUAGUCGCGCCGCCACUUGUUAAUGCCGUUUCAACGGGCGUGGCUUUGGAGAGUCAGGGCUCGGUUCUCGUGCCUGCGGAGAUCGGUCCAGCACCCGAGAAGCUUACUCCAGUAGAUGGUGUAGCAGAUGAACAGAGCGCCUUAGCGGACCAGGUCUACACGCCAGCCGGUGGGCGGCGCCAGGAACGCCCACGGGCCUCGUUUCCGCGCCCUGCAAUUGUCCGCACGGCUCCACUCAGCAGCAGCAGCAGCGCCAAACCCAGACGGUCAGCGGGUGGCGGCAGCGUCAAGCGGCCAUCUGCGAGCAAGCCCAAGACGAGCGGGACCUCGCGCCGCAAGAGCGGUGGCACUGGCCGCGGCCCAGGCCGUUGGCCCAAGGGCACAAAGAAGAGCGACUAUGGCAACGCCGACAGCGGCCCAGGCCUGCCGCCGGCAUGGGUGCAGGAGCGCCAGAGGCUCCUCGCUGAGAGCGCCAAGAAGAAGGGAACCGGCGCGGCUGCGCACGAGGCGACCGGCGGGGAAGCUGCCCGGGUCCAGUUUGAGGAUCUGGUGGCGUUGCAUGGUGACGCCAGGGUGCCCGGGGCGGCGGCACCUGGUGGUGACAUUGCUUACACCAACAUUGCGAGUGAUAUCCCGGCUGUUGGAGACGAGUAG